AUGGGUCAAAAAAUGGCAGAGAACAGAGAGGCGGAACAUGUUUCUACCUCAGAAUCAGAGCAAAGUGACUUCAUAGAGCCCGAAAUUGGACACAAGGACACCGACGAACCAUUCAUAAAUGUCGAUUACGAGGCACUGGAGGAAUAUGACAUCCAACCUAGCGGAGUUAUCCAUGAACUGGUUCGUCAAAGCUCACAAGACGACGGGAAAAAUCUGUCAUCCAACGAUGAGAUCUCGGGCGGUGAGGAAGGACGGUCGGAAAGCGAACAGCAGGUUAGUAGUGACAUGGAUAAGAUGACCAUAACACCACAGGAAAUACCGGAAGAACUGGAUGAGACACAGACAGCAGAAUGGAGACAGAAAAAAAAGCACAUCUUCAUCCUGAGUGAAUCGGGCAAACCUGUAUAUUCAAGGUAUGGAAAUGAAGACAAACUUGUCACCAUUAUGGGACUUCUGCAAGCUUUAGUCUCAUUUGUUCAUGAUUCGAACAAAGACAAUAUCCGGUGUUUCAUUGCUGGCGAUCACAAGUUCGUGUUCCUUGUGCGAGAUCACUUGAUCUUAGUGGGCGUGUGCAGCAGUCAGGACUCACCACAUCAAAUUCUUCACCAACUAUCGUACUUAUACAACCAGAUUCUUAGUGUUCUAACGCACACAACUUUGAAUAAGAUAUUUAAACAGAGGCGUAAUUAUGACCUUAGAAGACUAUUAAGUGGGGCUGAGAAAUUCCUGGACAACAUGUUAAACAUGUUUGAUACAGAUGCCAGUUUUUUACUUGGAGCCGUGCGAUGUUUACCGUUGGACAGUCAAGUCAGGGACCAGAUUGCACAGAGUGUAGUGCAGCAAGCCCGAGUCAAAGACUUGGUGUUUGCGUUGAUUCUAGCUGACAAUCAGCUUGUGACGCUGGUUCGAAUGAAGAAAUAUUAUCUUCAUCCGAUGGACCUACAUAUAAUCAUUAACCUUAUCAACUCCUCAGAGUCCUUCAAGGCUGCAGAAUCAUGGAUACCAAUAUGUCUUCCCAAAUUUGAUUCUAGUGGUUACCUUCAAGCUCACAUAUCUUAUCUAGAUGAGGGAUGUCAAACCUGUCUCCUCCUUCUGUCUGUGGACCGAGAGUCCUUCUUCACUCUCUCAGACUGUAAGGGCAAGAUCAUGGAGAGAUUAAACAGAUACAACGGUCUGAAGGCAAUCAGUGACUCCGUGGCCAACACCAGCUACAGCAUUCGGCAGUGUGGCAUAUCAGACCUCCGCCACUUCCUGUACAAGUCACGGUCCACAGCCCAGUUCACUAGUCCAGAGAUUGAGGCGCCGUAUCUGAAACCCGAGGAACAGGAGAGACUGUUUGGUCUAUAUCUGUACCUCCACCACAGAAUUCACAUGACAGAUCGGCCACUGAAAAUCCUCUAUCAUGUUGGGCAACAUGAGACUCUACUAGGAUGGUUAACACAGGGUUUUGAACUGUAUGCGGUAUUUGGACCCCUAGUUACAAAACCGGUGGCCAUAGCAGCCAUUAACAAACUUCUGCGGUGGAUCAAAAAAGAAGAGGAGCGUUUAUUCAUUCUAAGCUCUGUCACUUUUUGAUGGAAGCUGAUUUUUAGAAAUGAGUUGUACGAUGCUGCCAGUUCAGAUGACAAUAUGUGUAUAUUUCCAUUAUUUUUCAAAUAUUUUAAGGGAGACAGACUGCAGCAAUGUUGUAGAGUGCUUAAUGCACGCUACAGAAACACAGAACGUAGAGUGCUUAAUGUACGAUACAGAAACACGGAACGUAGAGUGCUUAAUGUACGAUACAGAAACACGGAACGUAGAGUGCUUAAUGCACGCUACAGAAACAUGGAACGUCAUGCAUAACUUCAGGUUUGCGAGUACUAGGUACUUGCUCAAAGCAUUUAUUUAAUUCCCAAUAUACAUAUAUUCCACUUAGAAUUCCUCUUCUCUGUGAUAUUGUCCAAUAGAAUUCUUUAACCCUCUGUGGCAAAAGAGGGGCGUAAAGUUUCACAUGUCGGCCCAUCAAUCCAGUAAUCGACGAGAUGUUGUCCAAUACAUAAGUCAACAAUUCUUUAUCUGGUGGUCAUCAAACCUCAUAGACAGGAUGGUCUGUACCAGUGGAUGACCCUUAUCAAUUUCCAGGUCGAAGGUCAUGGAGAUUUCUGUUGUGCAUUCACCAUUUUUUGUUUCACUGACAACAUAAUUAUCUUCACCUGAUAGUCAUCAAGGUUCCUCUGUCAAUCGGUCACCAUUAGUCGAUGACUCAGAUGUCCUGGACAUUUAUAUAUUACACAGUAUAGUGUAGGAUUCUGAUUUUUAGUAUAGGUCAAGCACCUCCGGAUGACCUGUAUUGAUUUUUGUUGUCCAAUGAUAACUAGCGAACCUUUGACCCAAUAAGCAUUGUAAAGGUCAGUUACAACUUUUUGAUUUCCAGGUCAAAGGUUACAGUGCUUUCUAUUCACUAACUGUUGUUUUACUGAUAACUAGAAAACUCUUCACUUGAGAGUUAUUGAAGUUCAUGACUAGUAUAUGACCCCAAUUAAUUUUCAGGUCAAAGGUUUGAAGCUUAAUAUAUAUACCAUGCCAACACCUCACUUCUGUGAAUAGUUAUGAUGUUCAUACAGAAUUUGUUAAAUCGUAGUAUACAAACAUCACAACCUUUUCACAGAAACAGGUGCUUGUGCAAGACCUGUCUAAAUGUUGUUUAACUGAUGGUAAUUAUCUCCUUGAUUAGUCAUUAAACUUAAUCAGUUCUGGUGGUUAAUGAAACCAGUCUUAAUUAUUCUCAGGUCAAAGUUUUAGGUCAAAACUAACAUUGUCUAUACUUGGGCUCCAGUACGGAGGAUAGAAGGACACACUAGACUAUUUUAAUAUGUAGACUAUUUAUUUUUAUUACACUUAGGUUUAUGUCAGCAGUUUGGAUGUUUUGACUAGAAAAUCUUGUCCAGUUCCCAUCCUAUUUUGACAUGCUGACCAGUAUUUCAACAUUGAUUUUUAAUAUUGACUAUAUGUGACAUCGUGUACGUUUUGCAGGAUUGAAAAUACAAAAUUAUUUUUUUCUAAUUUUAAAUUUGCACAAUUUUUUUUGGCUACUGUACAGAGAUUAAGGAAGUUCAAAUUCACCCAGUUUUAGAUUUGCCUAUUAAUGACAAAGGUCAAGUGUGGGAAGGUCAAGUGUGCGAAAAUCAAAUGGGGAUGAUGAUUUCCAUGUAUACAAAGAUGCUUUAAAAAUACAUAGUACAUGUACAAGUUUAAGUUUUAGUGACUGAAAUUGAACACUUAAUCAGCUUUAUUUAUACAAUCUUUUUCUGAUACUAGAGAGUAGAACAGCCAUCUAUUGACUGGUUUCCAUGACGCCACAUUCCUCAUUAAGAGUCCUUAGCAACAGUAUGGUCACUAGGUCUUACGAAAUAUGUUGCUAUGGAACUUGUUAAUUCUAUGUGAAAUUUCUCUCUGUACUAAUAUCACAGCACCAUUCAAUAGGGAAACACAUUCCAAGAUGUCUGUGGUGUGUAAAUGCAACGACAUCAACAAUAGUAUUUCAUGGCAUAUAAUAGGACGAGUUAUUUUUUUUAAAUCUGCCAAGCCAUUCAUUUACUGUGAUAUUGAUUUCUAGUUCCAGGGCAAUAUAGACCAGAUUAUCAUUUAACAGCAUGUUUGUUUGUGCGAUGAUGCCAGUGAAAUGAUGAAAUGUAUAAAAGCCAAAUUUGUACCCGUUCUUAUGUCUGUUACUUUGAUUCUUGAUCAUGAUAGUGUGUGUAUUGUGUUGUUUUAUAAGAGAAUGUGCAUCUUAUCGAAAAGUAGAUAGAAUAAAAUUGAUUUUCUAUUG